AUGUCUUCACUAGAGGAGAGGAAGUCGACAACGACGGAGAAGAAGAAAGAGCCGUCGCAGUUGCCGAUUCCGGAGAAACAGUUGACCCCAAAUCUGUCACUUCCCGAUGAUUUUCUAGUGAGCUGCUUCGCACGCGUCUCUAGAUUGUACUAUCCCACUCUCUCUCUCGUCUCCAAGCACUUUCGAUCUCUCCUUGCUUCGCCGGAGCUUUACAAAGCCAGGUCACUCUUGGGACACACCGAGAGUUGUCUCUAUGUGUGCUUAAAGUUCCAUCCUGGCCUUUAUCCUCGCUGGUACACCCUGUGCAGGAAACCUAAUAAAACCCUAACCAAUGACGACAUCAGUGAGAAGGCGAAGUCAAGUGGGUAUGUUUUGGCUCCUGUCCAAAUUCCCCGUUCUCCUCCUGCUUGCUUUUCUGGUCUCGUUGCGGUUGGUUCUAAUAUCUACAACAUUGAAGAGCGCUCCUCUUGGAUUUCGAUUCUAGAGUGCACUUCUCACACGUGGCGCGAGGCUCCAAACUUGCGGGAGAAGCUAACGUCACUUUCUGCUAGCGUUGUUGAUCAAAAGAUUUAUGUAGCAGGAAGUAACCGCAAAUUUGGCUGUGGCUUGAAGAACUCGUUGGAGGUGUUCGACACAAGAACACAAACUUGGGAUCUUGACCCCAUCCCUUGCAGCGAGACGAAAUACGAAUUUGUUAAUCACAGAAGCGCCUGCAUUGACGGGAAGUUCUACGUGAAUGCUGGUGCAGAGACAGUUGCUUACGAUUCCAAGGAAGGUAGGUGGGAUCUGGAGGGAGGAGAUAUGAAUGAUCAUAUGCAACUUGAUUCUUAUUGCGAGAUAGAUAACGUUUUGUACUCUGUGUCUUUCGGAGAGUUGAGAUGGUAUGACAAUCAGGUAAAAGAGUGGAGAUAUGUGAUGGGUUUGCUAGAUCUACCUGAGUUCCAUCGUAAUGUUCAUGUUAGAUUGGCUGAUCAUGGUGGAAACAUGGCGUUUAUGUGGGGAGGGGAUUUGUUUGAUUCUAGGCUUAGUGGCGGCUAUGAGAAGAAGAUAUGGUGUGCAGAGAUUGCGCUUAAAAGACGCCUUUCAAGUGAAAUUCUAGGGAUCAUUGAGUGGUGUGAUCAUGUGCUUACGGUCCAUCAACCAUAUGGUCUCGUGAAGGUUCUUGCUGUUACGGUUUGA